UAUAAAUUAUUUUUUUACUUUUUACUGCAUAUUAAUUUGUUUUGGAAAAGUCUGUCUUUUGAAGUCGGUUUUCUUUUUGUUAAAAGUUUUUUUUAUUUUGUCUGGAAAUUUUUCAUGUCAAAGUCUUAAGGUUAUGUUCAAUGUUGCGACGAGCAAUGACUGACGUGGACGUGAAAUUGGGCCUUCAAAUCAUCCGAGAGCGAAUACAAAAAGCUUGUUUACUAAGAGAACCUGAAUUACAAUGUAUCGAACCGACCUUGGUUGCGGUAAGCAAGACCAAACCAGUCGAAAUGUUAAUUAAUGCCUACGAUGCAGAUCAGAGACAUUUCGGUGAAAAUUAUGUUAAAGAAUUGUUCGAAAAAGGCAACGAUUCAAAGAUAUUAGAACAUUGUAAAGAUAUAAAAUGGCAUUUUAUUGGACAUUUACAGCGGAACAAAAUAAAUAAAGUGAUUGCUGUACCUGGAUUACAUAUGAUACAAACAAUUGAUAGUGAAAAAUUAGCAAUUGCAGUUAAUACAGCUUGGGCUAAGCAUUCUCCAUCUGAUCAAAAGCUAAAAAUAAUGUUACAAGUUAACACCAGUCAAGAAGAAGAAAAAAAUGGAAUGCAUCCAUCAGAAGUUGUCGAAGUUGCUAAAAAUGUACUUGAAAAAUGUCCAAAUCUAGAAUUGUGUGGUUUAAUGACAAUAGGUGCUUAUGGCUACGAUAUCACGCUAGGGCCAAAUCCAGAUUUUUUAUGCUUAAUUGAAUGUAGAAAAGCACUUAGUAAAGAACUGAAUAUUGAUUGGAAGAAAAUACAUUUAUCAAUGGGAAUGUCUGAUGAUUUUGAACAAGCUGUUGAAUUAGGAAGUACAAUUAUACGAGUUGGUAGCUCCAUUUUUGGCUAUAGACCAAAAAAAACUACCGUAUAAAAAUAAGAUAAAUUGAUUGU